AUCGCACAUGUCAACAAUACUCCAUUUCCAAACCCAGAGAAUAUCCAAUUUUUUAUUUAUUUAUUUUUUAAUGAUUUUAUCAUUUCAAAAUAAUAACUGUUGUAAAAAGUGAUGAAGGAUUCUUGUAUAAAAAUAAAAGUAUCAGAGUAGUAAUGGCAGGAGAUCAGAAAACGAUCGAUGAUAACAAAUCUCGUUCUUCUGAAGUUGAUGCGAUAAAUCAGGAAAAUAAUAAUAAUAAUAAAAGUAAUAAAAAUGAUGAUAUAACCGAUCCAGAAACUUUCAGUUGUGUCCUUCAGCCGUGUCCGCCUCGUUCCGAUCCUAAUUACAUCGGUAUUCGACGUCUCCUUUUGUUUCGUAAAGCGCAAGCCGGCGUUCUUCGCCGUAAGGAUUGGAGAUGUAACGGGAAAGGUUAUGUGGCUUAUCGUAAUUUCAUUAACAGACCAGAAAAUUGGUUGAAUAUGCCAAGCCACACUAGCACACCUGGAACCAGUGGGCGAUGGCUGUCUUCUCCAAGUCAACUUUCUCUUGCACUUGAGAUGGAAAGCUGGGCUGGUAGCAGGGAUCAACCAGAGAGUCAAACACUGAGUCGUACUGUUAGUUUAGGUGCAAAUUCAAGUGACUAUGAACACCCACGUCGAAAGGCUGAACCUGCAUAUUCUUUUGUGGGGAUGCAUUGCAUCUUUGAUGAAUGCAAAUCUAUGGUUACUGUUAUAAAGUUUGGCCACAUGAGUUCUGAUAUACUUGCCUAUGGAGCAACAGAUGGAACAAUUACAGUUUGCACCGUCUCUGAACCACCUUCGAUUAUGAAGAAGUUGACCGGGCACUCAAAAGAUGUCACAGAUUUUGACUUCUCGUUAAACAACCAAUACAUUGCAUCGUCUUCACUGGACAAAACUGUGAGAGUAUGGGAUAUUCCAAAGGGACUUUGUAUUCGAGUAAUAUAUGGAGUUACCUCCCAGCUUUGUCUUCGAUUUCAUCCUGUGAAUAAUAACUUUCUCACUGUCGGCAACGCAAACAGAGAAAUAUCGGUAUUCAAUUUUAGUACAGGAAGGUUAAUAAGUAAGAUAGUUGCUGACAGCGAGGUUCCUGCCCUUGAUUAUGACCAUACUGGCCAGUUUGUCUUUUGUGGCGAUGUACAGGGAUCUAUAUAUACACUAAAAGUAAACUCUCAUCAAGGAACCUUGUCCCGGUCUCAUCGCACAAGAACUAGCAGCAAGAAUAAAUCUGAAUUCACAACCAUCCAGUAUAGAACGUUUUCUCUGAUGACACAAGGUCCUGUUUUACUUUCACUCACGCGAGACGGAAGCUUGUCUUUCUUCAGUGUUUCUUUGGAGCUCCAAGGGUAUUUGACCAUACGAUGUUCCCUUAAGUUGGCUCCACGACUUCACAGCAUACGUGCUUCUUUUUGCCCAUUGCUUUCCCUUGAAAAAGGAGAAUAUAUAGUUAUUGGAAGUGAGGAUGCAGCUGUUUACUUCUAUGACUUAACUAGGCCCAAGAAUACAUGUGUCAACAAGCUGCAGGGACAUGGAUACCCAGUGAUUGCUGUUGCAUGGAACCAUGGUGAGAAUUUGUUGGCAUCCUCUGAUUUUGGUGGCACUGUAAUUGUGUGGAAGAGAGAAAAAACAAAGUAAAAGAGUUAAACUCAGCUAUUGUGUUUAUCUUCUUCUCUGUGAACCGAAGAAGAAGUAAUUCGUGUAAAUUUCACAAGCAUUUCUUCUUGUUGGAAAUAUAAAUUUUGCAUAGUGUAAUACUCACACCCGUA